UUAGAUGUGUAAACCCGUGCCUGCGGGUGUUUCAAACAAACAUGGAGGAGAAAGAGAGAGACAGGCGAAGUAGGACAUCGCAUCGUCAAGAAAAAGACUCCGCUUCCAACUCUGGUGCCUCAUCGGGUCCACGGGAUGAUGACACGUUAAAAAUAGACGUUUGUUCUGGAAGGUUUGACCCCCUUUUGGCCUUAUACUCGCCCACGGUGCCGCUACCGUUUCCAAACAUAAAAUGUUUCAACAACAUCGCCGAGUACGAAAGUUUCCUGAAGGGGGGGCGUGGUAGAGCCAAGCCCGAGAAUGUGGAGAAAAGACGGAUUAAGGCACUGAGAGGAGUCGCAGACCCGGAGCGCAUCGAGAGGCUCAAGAACCUCAUGGUGAACAAAAAGUCAUUGGAGGAGGAGGAGGGAGGAAGCAGCAGCAGCAGCCGCGCGCAGCAGUCACGGAGACGCAAGCCUCAGAAAAAUGUGCUGACUAGGAUGACGUUAUGCAAAGGCAGUCCUUUGGGAGAACUGCAUAGAUGUGUGGAGCAGAGAAUAAGAGUCAAAGUUCACAUCAGGACCUUCAAAGGACUGAGGGGUGUGUGCUCUGGCUUUGUUGUGGCCUUUGACAAGUUCUGGAAUUUGGCCAUGGUGGACGUUGAUGAGACGUACAGAGAGCCUCUUCUCGGGAAGGCGUUGUACCAUGAGAAGGCCCUCACUAUUUCACGGCUCUUUGAGAAGCUGAAGCUGCAGGAGAGCUCAGGAGGUGAAGGAGCAACAACAAAACACCGCGUCCAGGUAGAAAGCGGCCCUGCCAGGCACAGAAGUGACGACAAGUCAUCAGAGGUACCAAAGGGCACCAAGGCAGGUCAGGAGAAAGAGUGCAGAGCGUAUGGCAAGGUCCACACUCGCCACAUCAAUCAGCUAUUUAUCAGGGGAGAGAAUGUUCUCCUGGUCAACCCUCAACCACUCUGACAGUCCCUGACUGCAUUUGUGUGGGUGUUUUAUGUGCGACUUCAUCUUGCACUUUACCAUCUACAUUGAGAGACGUUGUAUGUUGCUGAAGAACUGGGGGAGAGCUCUGGUUUUACUGGUGAAAACAACCGAGAGAUGGAGAUAUGUUGAUGUCAGAUUUGUAUCGUGUUCCACGCAAAUCACCUUGCUGUUUAAGAAUCGCCUGUUCUCUCACGUGGGAAUUCUGUAAUGCGCCGAGAGGACCGAAGGGCUCACUGUUCAAAUCCUGUUGAGAGAAAUGCAAAAGCGGCCAUUAGCUGUUCCAGAGAAGCUAGUCUCCUUCCUGCCCAUGAGCAAGGCACUGAUUGACUGACCCUACCCCCUCCCAACACAAGAGGGUCUUCACAUUGACACUUGUAUGCCGGCAAGUGAAUGAUCAGAUUCUUUGUCUGGGCCUGUUGUUGAAUUUUUACCAUUUCCCAUUCAAAUUUGUUAAAACGUACAUAUUCCUGUUUUACUAUUCAUUUAUAGGGGAGAAAAAAACAUUUACAAUGUAAAAUAUUUUGAUUUGUUGUAAAUGAAAUAGUAAAUAAAACAUUUACUUGAUGAAA